GAAACUGAUUGCCCCAAGGCUGCUGUUUUCAUUUCCUCGUGGAAAGAAGAAGCAUAGCAGAGAAGAAAGGCAGACUCAAGGCAUUCAACCUCUGCCACCAUGGGGAACUGGGCUGUGAAUGAGGGCCUCUCCAUCUUUGUCAUCCUGGUAUGGCUGGGGUUGAACGUCUUCCUCUUUGUCCACUAUUACCUGCUAUAUGAUACAUCAAAAGAGUACAUUUACACUCGAAAACUUCUUGGGUCUGCGCUGGCACUGGCCAGGGCCCCUGCCGCCUGCCUGAAUUUCAACUGCAUGCUGAUUCUGCUGCCAGUCUGUCGAAACCUGCUCUCCUUCCUUAGGGGUUCCAGUGCGUGCUGCUCAACAAGAAUUCGAAGACAGCUGGACAGGAACCUCACCUUUCAUAAAAUGGUGGCGUGGAUGAUUGCACUUCACACCACGAUUCACACCAUUGCCCAUCUGUUUAAUGUGGAAUGGUGUGUGAACGCCCGAGUCAACAAUUCCGACCCGUACUCAAUAGCACUCUCUGACAUAGGAGAUAAGCCUAAUGAAACGUACCUCAAUUUCGUUCGACAGAGAAUCAAGAAUCCUGAAGGAGGCCUGUACGUGGCUGUGACUCGGCUGGCAGGCAUCACAGGCGUCAUCAUCACGCUGUGUCUCAUAUUAAUUAUCACCUCCUCCACCAAAACCAUCCGGAGGUCUUACUUCGAGGUGUUCUGGUACACACACCAUCUCUUUGUGAUCUUCUUCAUUGGCCUCGCCAUCCAUGGAGCCGAGCGAAUUGUACGUAGGCAGACCCCAAAGAGUUUGUCGGUCCACGAUCCAAAGGCAUGUGCUCAAAACAUCUCACAAUGGGGAGAAAUAAAGGACUGCCCGAUCCCGGAGUUCUCAGGGAACCCUCCUAUGACUUGGAAAUGGAUCGUGGGUCCCAUGUUCCUGUAUCUGUGUGAGAGGCUGGUGCGGUUUUGGCGAUCUCAACAGAAGGUGGUCAUCACCAAGGUGGUCACUCAUCCUUUCAAAACCAUCGAGCUACAGAUGAAGAAGAAGGGAUUCAAGAUGGAGGUGGGACAAUACAUUUUCGUCAAGUGUCCCGCAGUGUCCAAGCUGGAGUGGCACCCUUUCACCCUGACCUCUGCCCCUGAGGAAGACUUCUUUAGCAUCCAUAUCCGCAUUGUUGGCGACUGGACAGAGGGACUGUUCAAAGCCUGUGGCUGUGAUAAGCAGGAGUUUCAAGAUGCCUGGAAACUACCUCAGAUCGCUGUGGACGGGCCCUUCGGCACCGCCAGUGAAGACGUGUUCAGUUACGAGGUGGUCAUGUUAGUGGGAGCAGGGAUCGGGGUCACGCCCUUCGCCUCCAUUCUCAAGUCGGUUUGGUACAAGUAUUGCGAUAAUGCCACCAAUCUGAGGCUCAAAAAGAUCUACUUCUACUGGCUGUGCCGGGACACACAUGCCUUCGAGUGGUUUGCCGACCUGCUGCAGCUGCUGGAGACCCAGAUGCAGGAGAGGAACAACGCCGGCUUCCUCAGCUACAACAUCUACCUCACUGGCUGGGAUGAGUCACAGGCCAGUCACUUUGCCGUGCACCAUGAUGAGGAGAAAGAUGUGAUCACAGGCCUGAAGCAAAAGACCUUGUACGGACGGCCCAACUGGGAUAACGAGUUCAAGACCAUUGCGAGUCAACACCCCACUACCAGAAUAGGAGUUUUCCUCUGCGGACCGGAAGCCUUGGCUGAAACCCUCAAUAAGCAGUGCAUCUCCAACUCCGACUCCAGCCCGAGGGGAGUGCAUUUCAUUUUCAAUAAGGAAAACUUCUAACAGGUCUCAUCCACGAGGAAAUAAAUGUGGGUCGUACUGCCAAAUGCCCAGAUAAUGCCAGUUGAUAAUAGAAGUUCCUUCCUUAAAAAAAAAAAAAAAAAGAGAGAGAGAGAGAGAAACUUUCCUGUUUUUCCUGAAAUGAAUGUCAGAUUGUUCGAUAGUGGUCCUUUGCAUUCGUAUGGGGCUUUAUGGUUUUCAGAGCAGUUUUAUAAACAUUUUUUUUUUCCUCACUAUAAUGCCAGAGAAAGGCAGGGCAGGGAUUCUCAGACUCAGUUUUUAGGAUAAGAAAAAAAGUGGGGGCUCAAAUUGAUGAUGUAAUUUCCCUAAGAUUCCCCAUACAGCAGCCUAACUGGGUCAGAGACUCCUAGAAAGAAUAUUCGACUGACUGGCAGGAAUGUAUGUUCCAGCUUUUGCACUGGUGCUUUGCAGAGUGCAUGAUCAAUGAAAGUUUGCUGAAUGAAUGAAUGAAAAGACAUUUAGAACCACGCCAAGCCCGUGGGGCAUUCACUGAAAGCCUUCAGCAGAAUUACCUGAAGGAAAUCGCUUCUGAUAUUCUUUAGACCAAAGGACCCUGAUUCUUUUGAGGGUAAAGAAAAGGCUAAGGCUGGUGACCAGUAGGUUGUUGGGGAGGGACCCUCAUAUUCUUAUUUGAAGCAGGCAGGAAAGGGAGAUGGAGGCAGAGAACUGAACUCCGGUUGUAACUCUGGCUGACUCCUCUAGCAAACUGAUUUAUUGUCUGAAAGGAUCUCCUCCAGCCAGCACUUGGGAAAUGGAAAUUAAGAACUGUGACAAAUAUGUCUGUUAUGCCCAUCUGCUUUAAAUAGCAUUCACCCUUUGUUUUACUUCAAUACACAUGCAAAAUGGAUCUUACUGGAGUUCCCUGGUGGAUUAAGGUUCAGGUUCAGGCAUCAUCACUCUGUGGUGUGGGCUCAAUCCCCGGACUGGGACAACACCACCAAAAGAUAUUGUUGGUAUAACCAAAGUUUUAUUGUUCUAGCAUCAUCAUGAUCAUGAUGAAAUUUACAUUCCAGAAACUAAAAUCCCUAGCUGGCUGUGUAGAUAUUAAAUUCGUACCUAAUAGAAGGUUCUGGACAUCUGUGAGUUUGAGAGUCACUAAAUCAUUGUUAGUGUGGCCAGAGUUCUUUUUUUUCCCCUCAGAACUGCUCCUAUUUCUGGGAACUAAAAUCAGCUUUAUUUGUUACAUCCUCUGGGGGCCACAAAUAUUUAGAACAUUCGCUUUGAUACGAGGAAGAAAGAGAAGGGGGCGGGGGAGAGGCAGAAGAUGGUGUUGGGAGGAAAGGGGAGGGAAGGGGAAAAGAGAAUAGAUGGAAAGUGAGAGAAAGCAAAAAAAAAAGGCAAAAAGAAACGAUAGGUGGGGGGGGGGGGUCUCGCAUUGGUCACUUUCUACCCCAGAUUUCUUCAAGUCUUGUAUGCAUGGAAUGUAAUUCCAAGAGCUAUGUACAUACUCAUUUUAUUUUGGUUAUUAUGGUACUGAAUCUGAAAUUCUGGCCGCCAAUUUAAGGCAGAGUGGGCAUGUGAAGGAGACCGGGGGCGAACUAGUAAGAACUCAGUUGUUCCUUUGGGUUCCCAGGAUGCUCAGGGCACUGAGGGUGGAUCCUGAUGACCCGGGCUUCCUUUGGGGCUGUUGCCUCCCCACAAUGUCCCAGGACUGUUUCUGCAUAGAGAAACUUAGGUCCAACCUGUUCACACUGCACCCCUGGUAUCAAUUCAUUCAUUCAACAAAGUUUUAUUGUGCUGUUACUAUGACUCAGGCUCAGUGUUCCCAGUUUCAGUUCUUUACAGCAACGUGUGAGCCAGAGGGGGAACCAGAGUUACAAGGAGUCGGAACAUCUGGACCCCUGCUAACCAACUCCCUCUGUUGCUCUGACAGUGUUUCUCGAGGGUUUUCUAUUUUUGACCCCAGCAGAAUUACCAACGUAGAGAGAUCUGCCCUGGGUUAUCCUGGUUAUGAGAUGAAAAAUGAGUAUAAAAGCACUUGGCAUUAUGCAAGCUUCUUCUCCACUCUCUCCCCAGCCACCAGCCACCCACGCAGCUUUUUUAGUAUUUAGUAUUUAGUUAACAGGUAGUGAGAGAAUGAUGAAGCAUGGUUUUUAAUCUCAAGGCUGGGAAGGCUUUUCUUCGUUCUUUUGCUUUUGCAAGAUUGCAUUUAUGAAAUUUGAAUACUUGAAGAUGUUGUAUGUGAAUAGUUUGGGGGGACCCUGGGAGAUAAUUCCUGGGAAGAACUAUUAAAAUUGCGCUCAGUUAUUAAAAUGCA